AUGGAAGCAACUUCUCCUUUAGUGUCCUUAAAUGGAAGAAAUGGCCCAAAAGACUUUGGGGAGUACAGGAGGAGGGCAAUUGAGAAUGCUACCCGGCACCAGUUCUAUCAGAGCGACCGUGUGAAGCAGUUUCACCGGGAACUCCUGCUGAUGGAGACCAUUAACGACCGGAGGCUGCAGGAGGAGAGGAAUAAAAUGAUUAAGGACAACACAAAAGAGGAGACCAGGAAGUUCAUGGCCGAGAUCCGCCGUGGGGAGAUAGACGCGCUGGAGCAGGACCGGCAGCGAGACAGGCAGCGGGAGAUGAACAAGCGGGCGUACGCCGCCGAGCUGCAGCAGCAGAUGAGAGACACGGAGCAGACCCGGCUCCGCGUGAAGAUGGAGAGGCAGAGGGAGACGAACAACUGCGACGAGCUCCGCAAGCAGCACGAUUGGGAGAAGAGGGAGCUCCGGCGGAGGCAGUACGAAGAGCGCAUGGGUGUCCGGAGCGUCUACCUGGGGCAGAUGGCGCGGAACAGGAGCAACCGGGACAAGGAGAACCAGGAGGAGGCUCUGGCCGAGGAGCGGAGGCAGCGAUGCGUCCGCGAGAAGGACGAGUUCAGGAGGGCGAACGAGGAGAAGAUGGCCGACAAGCUGCGGAGGAGGCAGCGGUGGAUCCAGACGGCGGCGGAAAAGCUCGCGGCUCAGGAGCGCGAGCGGAAGCACAAGUACGAGGCGGCCGACGCCAUAGCUACCGCCAGGGUGCUGGCCAAUCAGGAGGCCCGGGCCAAGCAGGAGCGAAACCGCAACAGGCAAAUGAACAUAGUCAUGGCAAACGCCAUCAGCGGCCACCGGGAGUACAAGCGGAAAGAACGACAGCUGAGGGUCGAGGAGGAGAGACAGAAAGGGAUGGUCACGCUCAACUUCAACAAGGAGGUCGACUCGGCCUACUGGGAAGGGGAGAGGACGGCGGCUCGGACACUGAGGGACGCGAGGAUGGCCAUGGAUACCGCGCUUCGCCAGCAGAUGGAGGUAAAAAGACUCCAGGAGAGGCUCAGGAAAAAAGGUGAGAUGGACUUCGACGGCAGGAACCAGGAGCUGCUGACGAACGAGGACCAGCAGUUCCAGACGUACGCGAAUGGGAUCAUCAAUGCAGCCGAGAACUGCAAGCGCAACACCAUCCCCAUCCGCAAGGCCGCAAGCAAGGGGGCCGGGCAAGGGGUGGGGCCCAUUUACGGGGGGCUGAGGGCCAAGUAUCUGGUUCCUGGUUCCAACUACAUACCGGAGUAUGUCAGCAGUACAAGGAAGGAUGUCAAUGACUUGUACAGCGCCCCUGUAGACGAGUCGAGUCAUGGGAAACUCAACUUCAUAUGGUGA